UCACAAUUUCUCAAGACUGAGUGCUUAGUCUCGUUAAUGCACAUUUAAUAUCAAUUUUAGAAAUGUCUAGUAAUGGACUGUGAGUUAAUACUAAAGCGUGCUGAGCGUUUAUGCCCCCCUGUAUCCAGUCAGUAGUGGCGCGGUCCUGUCUGGUGUAAUUUUGAGGACAAGGGCAACGUGCGAUCUCAAUGUUGUUUUCCCAUCCUGGGGUAAAUAUGGCGAGGUUUCUGAGGCCUAACGUGAGGGGUUUUAUCAGCUCACAGUUGAGGAUGUCAUCCGACCAGCUGGGUGAGCUGGGCAAAGGAGCCGGGAAAGGUGGAGGGGGAGGAGGCUCUAUCCGGGAGGCAGGAGGAGCCAUGGGCAAGAAGCAGGCCGCCGAGGAGGAGAUGUACUUCAAGCGUAAGGAGCAGGAGCAGCUGGCUGCACUGAAGCAGCACCACCAAGAGGAGAUCGACCACCACAAGAAGGAGAUUGAGCGCCUGCAGCGUGAGAUUGACCGCCAUAAGGGAAAAAUCAGGAAGCUGAAGCACGACGACUGAGUGAAAUCCGGCAGCGACUUGAAGUGAUCCUCAUCGUCCUUACCGAAUAACUUGUUAGUAAUCAGCCGGAUUGCUGCAUGCACUGUUCUCACCAGGCCAGCCAUGGAUGUGUGUAUUAUAAAUACUUUGAAGUCAUUAAAACAGCUGUGAUAAAAUGGUUGUUGUUGCCACAUUAUGUUAAACAUGAGAUUGAACCUUUUGUUUGGUGUACUGUGUAUUUCAGAUUAAAAAAAAAAUCAUAAAGAAA